UAACUAAUCAAUAAAACAAAACAUGCCUAAAGCUUCAAAAUGUCGUGUUCGGGAAUGUAAUAGUGAACAAAACGUUCGUUGUUUCGCAUUUUCCAAAAAUCGGGAAUUAUCAAAUUUGUGGAAGGAGAAUUUGCGGAUCUCACCCUUAAUGCAAAUACCAAUGCAUAAUUCAUUUGUAUGCAUUCAACAUUUUGUGGAGGAUGCCGUGGGACCAAAGUAUCUUAAGAAUGGAGUGGUUCCAACUCUAAACUUGGGCUAUGAUGAUGUUCCACCGAACAAGUGGACCGAAAAAAGGAGCUGCUGUAUCGAGAGCUGCGCGCCUAAUGAUAAAGCUAUACUUUUUGCGUUUCCUAGGGACGAAGAGACCCGUAAGAAUUGGGCCUUGGCUUGCAACGUGCAAUUGUCAAGCACUGACAGGGUUUUUAUUUGCCAACGCCAUUUUGAACACACAUUGGUGACAAAAUAUAAACUUUUGAAAGGGGCUUUUCCUUGCUUCAAUUUAGAGGGUUAA